AUGGUAUCGUUGCCGCUAUACAUGGAGCAGCACCUGAACACAUUCGCGCUGGUGGCUGGCAUGGGCGUCGCUAUGGCGAUGGACGUGGACAGGAGGAAGGGACACCCAAUGCUUGCUAGGGUAGCAGAGGCGCGGUUGGGUUUGCUAAUCGCUAUUCUGAUGCUGAUUCCAGGAUACAAAUGGAUUAAGGCAGAAAUUGGUUAUCCUGAUUAUGUGCUUAAAGAGGGUGAAGGAGGCACAAUUGUCAAUAUUUAUAAUUUAGAAGCAUAUAUUACUUUGGUGUUUGGCAUGUCAUCCAUCCUCAUAUUUUCACCUCAAGAACUUGACUAUCUAAUAUGUGGCCAACAAGAAAUUUGGGAGCGACAGAAAUCUGUUGCUUCCCCUGGGCGUGGUAUUCUGGCAAUUGAUGAGUCAAAUGCAACAUGUGGAAAGAGGUUAUCAUCUAUUGGUUUGGACAACACAGAAGUGAACCGCCAGGCUUACAGGCAGCUUUUGCUGACAACUGUUGGUCUUGGCGAAUAUAUUUCUGGUGCUAUUCUUUUCGAGGAGACCCUUUAUAAAUCAACUACAGAUGGCAAGAAGUUUGUUGACUGCUUGAAGGAUCAGAAUAUCAUGUCUGGCAUCAAGGUUGACAAGGGUUUGGUUCCAUUGCCUGGAUCCAACAAUGAAUCAUGGUGCCAAGGUCUUGAUGGUUUGGCUUCAAGGUGUGCUGAGUACUAUAAGCAGGGGGCGCGCUUCGCAAAGUGGUCUGUUCAUACUUCCCUUAUUCAUGUGUCAACUAAUCUUAUUUGUGCUUCCUUUCUAAAGUUGCUAUGAUUAUCGACUUAGUACAGCUGGGUUGAUGUCGUUUGUGAGGAUGGUGUGUCAGUGUUAGCUCUGGUAAUUAGCUUCGGUGUUAUUACUUGACAUCUGUUGUCCAGUUGUGAUAUCUGUGAAUUUCAUCUAUUAAAUCUUAUCUACAUAUAUUUAUGCUUUUCUUUGUGAAAUUAUGUAAGAAAAUUUCUACA